AUGUACACUAGCAUUAGAUUAAAACAAAUCAAAAGAGUCAAUGGACAUAAUAUGGAAACAUAUACAAAACAAACACAUGCUAGAACACCGCGGUUGGAAGCGCAAACAGCAGAAUAUAAAUUCCCGCCAUUUUUGCAAAUAAACAGGAAAGUGAAUUGUCGUAAAAUUAUUGAAGGCGACGAAGAAGAAAUAGCAAAAGCCAAUAAAUAUAUGAAAUUUAAUCAGCCAAAGAGAAUAACAGAACAGGAAUAUAUUAAUUACACUAAUAACUGUAAUAAUUUCGUAAAUUGUUUUGGCUACGAGGCCUACACUGUGAUGGAAGAAGAAAGAAAGUUUCCGAUAGCAUUCAGUAUUUUGACAUUUAAAGAUAUUGAUCAAACUGAACGUUUGCUUCGAUCGAUCUAUCGCCCCCAUAAUCUUUAUUGCAUACACAUAGACAACAGCUCUUCAGAAGUAUUUCACAAUUCAUUGAGGAAGAUAUCAAAUUGUUUAAGCAAUGUAUUCAUUGUUUCAAAGACCGAAGACGUGAUUUAUAACCAUGUAUCGAGGCUGAGAGCAGAUAUUAAUUGUAUGGCUGAUCUCUUGUCAAAAUCAAACAAAUGGAAAUAUUUCAUUAAUUUACCUCAUCAACAAUUUCCUUUGAAAACAAAUUUAGAAAUGGUAAAAAUACUGAAAAUUUACAACGGUGCAAAUGACAUUGAAGGGAUUACAAACAGACUCUUAUCCAAUCGCUUUAAAUACAGUUAUAAAUAUAUCAAUAACACUUUGAAACGCAUAGGUCUAAAGAAUGGAAAAUUGCCAUACAAUGCAAAUAUCGUAAAAGGCAGUGCAUAUGGUAUUUUUAGUCGUGAAUUUGUUAAAUAUGUGAUAUAUGACGAAAAAUCUAAAGCCGUUUUGAAGUAUAUGGGGGACUUUAAAAGUCCAGAUGAAUAUUACUGGUCUACAUUGAAUCACAACGAGGUACUGAAAGCUCCUGGACGAUAUAUAGGCAAUCCAGAGAAGAAGCCAUGGCUUGCCGUUUAUGCCUCAUGGCCUCCAAGAGACCGUUGUCAUGGUAAGAUUGUGCGGAACAUUUGCAUUUAUGGAGUGGGAGAUUUGAACCAACUUGUUUCAAGAAAAGAACUUUUUGUCAAUAAAUUCUACCCGGAUUAUCAAUACUUGGCUAUUGACUGUUUAGAAGAAUAUAUUCGUAACAAGACGUUAAGUCCGUUGCCAUUCGAAUCGUUUUACUACAAACAAUUACCUUUUAUAAGAAAAUCUUGA